ACAUCUCUCAACAUGAACACCAUUCAAGUUUUCACUGUACUAGCUGUCAUCUAUGUCAAUGGUGUCUUCUCACAAUUUCCUGGAUUUGUAAACAGAAUGCCGAUGAUGGCAUCGAACACACCUUCAAGAAGUAUGGGAUCCAGAUAUCUGACCUGUAUCGGUCAAACAGCCAACAACGAUCAACUUCGAGUUACCUUCUCUAAUCACCAGAAUGGCCGAGCUGUCAAAGUUCAAGCUAACAUUCAAGGAGGACUCAGCUCUCAGAUUAAUGGUAACUUCCAAUUGGUGAUCACUAAUGGCGGCAGAAUUGAUGGUAUGUGUGAUUCUAAUUCUCUUGGUAACAUAAUGACUAUGGCCUCCAACCAACCUUCCAGAAUGGGAUUCUUUAGACAAAUGGGGAGACAACAACCAAGCCAAAACUCACAAUUCCUUACCAUUGGUUCUCAAUUCGGCCUCCGAUCUGACCAGUCUGUUAGUAUGACCGAUAUCUUGUCUGGCAUCACCUACUCCAGACUUGCCGGAAGUGGUAUGGCUCUGUGUCAGAGUAUCGUCAGUAACCGAUGUGUCGGUAGCAUGCCACUUUGUUGUACCAUUGCUAAAGAUGGGAAGACCGCUGCUCCAACUCUCUCCCGAGGUUUAGUUGGUGGUAUUGGUGGAAAUCAAGGAUUUGGAAUGAAUAAUGGUAUGAACGGGGGAAUGAACAAUAUCAACGGAGGCAUGAACAACUUGAACCCCAAUAACAAUGUUGCUAUGGGAAAUGGUAUUCAAGGUAAUGGGCAGAAUUCUCUCGUCUUCCCUUAAAUAUCAACAUGCAUAAGCGCCGAAGAAGAAGCAAUUGGUCUGCCUGGGGAAUAUACAGUUACUAGCUAUAAAAGUUAUUUGUUCAAGAGUCAUUUCAAUGGGUAAUGCAACAUUGGAUUGUGGGUGGGUAUGAAAAUUCGAUACAACUAGAUAUCGCUGAUAGGAAAACAUGUUUGCUAUUCAUUGACAGGGAAGGGUGGAAAUUCGGCAUGGUAAGGUAGUUAAGUGGGGGGGGAGGAAUGGGUAAUUUUGGUGUUCGGAAAACAUAUCUUUAAUAUCAAAUUUGUAUAUAAAGGAAAUUGUAUUGUAUAUAGAAAUGUGUAUUUGUAUUUGCUUUUCUUUUAUAAUGGUAGUUAUGGAAGUCCCAAUGUACAUAAUAUUUCAGUUUUCUUAUUUCUCUAUAUAUAUGACAAAUCUAUAUAUAUCUUUGCUGUAAAUCUCUUCUGACAAUGAAAUUAUAAAAAUGUUUUUAUAUUCAUAUUAUAAACAGAAUUUAAAGUUUUCUUUCAAGUUUUUCCAUUUGCCAGUCAAACUAAAGCAAACAAAGGCUUACAGAAUGCAUAUAGGCAACAACCAUCAUACUGUAUCAGGUUUUAUUAUAAUUUGUUACUUGAUGCUUUUUGCUGUGAUUAAAACGUAUCUGAAAGAAC